CGCGGGUUCCGUAAAGUGGAGUAAAGGAGACAAACUAUCCUGUGACGAAUACACCAGUAAAAGGGAAUUGUAAAAAUUGCACCGGUGCCGUUCAGAAAACAUUAUCUUCCUUGUAUAUGGCGUACAAGUGAUUUCGAUUAUUAUGCUGCUGUGUGAUUAUUGCACCCUUUUAUGGCGAAUAGUAACAUGUAAAAUGUAAAUGCCAUGCGCGGAAAAGUCCAAUCAGCUGUUUCCUGACUCACAAAAGUCAAAUAAGAAGUGAUCUGUCAAAAUCAGGUUGCGGUUGUGCGUGCAGAUUUAUUUACUUGCUACGGAUCACGUUCGACAAUUUGUGCACCGCUUAACGUCCAGCCGUUUCUAAACAUUAACAAUCGGUUCUCUCAUCUUUUCAUUGUAAAAAGACCUGUAGAGGUCGGCAACAAAAUGACGGAAACAGCAGAACAAAAAUCUCCAGACAGUAACAAAGUGAAGAUUCUGAUUUUAGGCGCUGGAAUGGCAGGACUUUCUGCCGCUAAUCACUUAAUCAAAAAUGGAUGUCAAGAUUUCAAGAUAUUGGAGGCAAGAAGUCGCGUCGGUGGCAGGAUUGUUGGGAUCGAUAUUGGUAGUCAGAAGAUCGAAUUGGGUGCCAACUGGAUACACGGUGUUCUUGGAAAUCCCAUUUUUGAAUUUGCUAUGUCACACGGUCUAGUCAACAUAAUUAAUGUGCCAAAGCCACACAAAGUAGUUGCGACGACAGAAGACGGUAAACAGGUGCCGUUCACUAUAUUACAGGAAAUCUACGAAGCUUAUACAUGCUUUCUACGCCGCUGCGAUGAAUAUUUUCUUUGUCAAUAUAGUCCACCACCCGAUAUACAUAGUGUUGGCGAGCAUAUAAACCUUGAAAUGGAAAUCUAUUUAAGUUCUAUACAGGAUCCAAAAGAAAAGCAUCUUAAAACACUUAUAUUUAAUUGCCUUUUGAAACGGGAGACUUGUAUCACAGGAUGUAGUAGUAUGAAUGAAAUCGAUCUGCUGGAGUUAGGUAGUUAUACAGAAUUACAGGGGGGAAAUAUUGUGCUGCCCUCCGGAUAUAGUUCAAUUUUAAAGCCUUUAUGUGAUCUACUGCCUGAAAACUCAAUAGUAAAGUCUUGCCCAGUUAAAAAAAUCCACUGGAAAAGAAAAAAGACUUGCUCGGGGCUGGAGACGGUAGAUGAAAAUUCAGAAAAUGAAUCUGAUGAUUCAGACAAAACUGUGACGGAUUUCCCGACGCGGACUAACAAUGAGCCUGAUUUGAUACGAGUUCAAUGCGAAAACGGGAGCACUUUCUAUGCAGACCAUGUGAUAUGCACCCUUCCUCUAGGCGUACUUAAGGAAAGCAUGAAAACUCUCUUUGAUCCGGAAUUACCGCGUUUUAAACAGGAGUCGAUUAAUAACUUGAUGUUUGGAACUGUGGAUAAAAUAUACUUAGAAUAUGAUGUUCCUUUUCUCAAUCCUGAUAUCAGUGAAGUGAUGUUACUUUGGGACGACGAGAAAUAUGAAAUGAACACCAGCACCGAGGAAAAACAUACAGAGGAAUACUUGAGCAAAACAUGGUUUAAGAAAAUUUAUUCAUUUGCUAAAGUGACGGAUACACUGCUACUUGGUUGGGUUUCUGGGAAGGAAGCUGAAUAUAUGGAAAAACUGUCCCACGAGGAAGUCGCGGUAAAGUGUACAGAAAUACUUCGCAUGUUUCUUAAAGAUCCAUUUGUACCAAAACCGAAGCGCUGCGUUUGCACAAGCUGGAGGACACAGCCUUUUACAAGAGGAUCUUAUACAUCAAUUCCUUUAGGUGCUACUCAAGAAGAUAUUGAAAAUAUUGCGCAACCUUUAUAUUCUAAUGCUCAGCAAAUAAAACCGGCAAUUUUAUUCGCUGGAGAACACACCCAUUCAAACUUCUACUCUACAGUGCACGGCGCAUAUUUAUCUGGACGUACAUCAGCGCAAUUACUACUUACGCCUGACUUACCUCAGGAAAUUGUCCUGGAAUCUGAUAGUUCGGAUUUAAGUUCAUGGAUUCAAGGAAUCGCCCUGGACUAAAAUCGUCAUGCUUUAGUUACAUGGAGUAUUAUUUUGUAUAUUGUUCAAGUUGUUGUUUUGUUAUUAGAACGUAGCCCAUAUCGUCUGAAAGACUUGAUAUAUUUUAUUAUCGUUGUAUGAAUAAAAUGUAAGCUGAACUAGCUUUAAGGAAAUGCCAAGAUUAGGCUGGGGCAUAUUGAAUCCAUUAUUGAAAUGUAACAGUUGAGAUUUGAUUCUUGUAAAAAUUGUAAUUGGAUGCGUCUGAUGGUUUUCCAGUCUGCGAAUUAAAACUUAGGCUUACGCUUUUAAUUUAAUUAUUUGUUAAUACCCAUAACGGGGAAGUGAUUAACACAAGAGACAUAAUACUGGAAACUGAGCAGUGUAUGUUUGCUGUGAAGUUAACAACGAAAAACACCUUACAUAAUAUAAUUCGCUUUGAAUAUCCACAGUAGGAGUGAAAAUAAAGGGGUAGGGUUUAGAAAACUUGAAAAAUAGGCAGUAAAAAUUAUGAACUGCUAAAUUGUGAUUUAAAUAUGUCUCUACGUUUUUUUUUCACUUUUGCUUAGAAAUAGUUACCAAAAGAAGAUUUUAUUUAAUGUGACAAAAACUCAAUUUUCUAGUCGUGACAAUGUUAACAUUGAAUAUCCUCAAAAUAUGUGCAUAUUUCAGUUAGAAAAUUUCGCAAGACUUUUGAAGAAGGGGAAAUUAAUAGCUCCUAACUAAACAUUAGUCUUUUCCAGUGUUAAUUUUCCGAUGCAUUCAGUUUGCAGCGAACAGUUUUUCUCAGCCAUUUGCUUGAUUUAGGUAAAAAACGCACGCAUUACUCUGAAAUAUACAAAAGCUUAUAUUUUUAGAAGUUAUGAACGAUUGUUAGUUAUUAAACUUUGAUAUGACAACAAUUAAGCAAAUAAUAAAAUGUGUAUGAUAUAUAGCUUUAGCAUUUAGACACCUUUUCUUAAUUUUCGUGCAUCUUUUCAAGAACAAAGCAUUAAAAAAUAAGACUAUAUUACCAUUUCAAUGAAAGUAUCAAAAUAGAAUUACUUGAGAAUGUUUCGUAAUUGAGAAACAUCGCAAGGGAAAAUAAAACAAUUAAGAUUAAA